AUGAUUCCGCAAUGCGCCGGCCCUAUAUGGGCUGUUGACGAUCUUUCCCGCUGCUUCCAACGCAGGUAUUUGCAGGAAAUCCUACCGCUUGCCGCAUGCGCUCUCUCGCUUAUACUCAUUACCACCCGCGUUGCGUAUCGUUACAUAUUUUCACGGAAGAGCUUCGCCUACAAGCUGUUGCCGAGCGACGAUGUUGGAAGCGUACAGGAUAUAAGAGGGGCCGAGGAGGAUUUAACGGAAGAAUCGGACCCGAUGCUUUCUAAAGCCGCGCGGAUUGAGCUGCCCCAUUUUGAGCUGGAUCGACCCCGCGGGGAGAUUGCUUUUGUCGUCUUGGAAGCAGCAGCGCUAGUUGGGCAAGUCGUUGUUUUCGCACUGGUCUUGAAGUCGGACGCAUGGGGCCGCGAUGGACGUCUCCCGGCGGCUGCUCGGCUAGUUUCUUGGAGCUACUUGCUCUUUCUGGUCUUGGUCCGACUGCUCCUCUCUGUCCGUCAGCUGCAUUCACCCGCCAGGCUUUGGAACCAUACAGCUACCCUUUAUGGACUUCAAUGGCUACUCACUGUCCUCGUAUUCCGGUCUGCCGUUAUAUACCCGAUCUCGAAGCGUGCUAUGACCUUCUCUUCAAUUGAGUUCUCGCUGUCCAGCUUCCUCGUGCUCCUUUCCGUGACUACCCGGAGAGGAAACAAGCCCGUUCUUGUCCCUCAUGAGGAAGGCUUGGAGCCGGCGCGUCACCCCGUUGCAAGCUUGCUUUCUCUGGCGACCUUUUCAUGGUUGGACCCGCUCAUUUUUAAGGGUUAUAGGCAAUCGCUAGAACUGGAGGAUGUCUGGAAUUUGACCGCAUCGCAAAAAGCCUCUACAGUCCUGGAAGAUUUCCGUUGCAGACAAUACAAAGGGCCCUUGGUAGUGAAGCUAUUACGUUACUUUGCCGGCACCAUUCUGCUACAGGGUGCAUGGACUAUAUUCUCGAACCUAUUCACGUACCUGCCAACUCUCCUUCUUAAAGCCAUAUUGGAGUACGUUGAAGAUCCCAGAUCUACCACGCCAAAUGCCGCAUGGCUGUACGCUGUGCUUUUGUUCGUCUCGGCCGCUACGCAGGGUGUGGCAGACGGACAGGCUCUCUGGAUUGGUCGUCGAAUGGGUGUGAAGCUCCGUGCCAUUAUAAUCGGUGAGAUCUAUGCAAAGGCGCUGAGACGAAAGGCGGGGCCUUCGGUCGAAGCGAAGAAGGACGAGGAGAAGGUCCCUGAUAAGAAGAAACGAAUCCUGUCCUUUGGCCGUAAAAAGAAGAAGCCCACCACGGACGCAGAGAACGACGCCUCUAAGAAGGAUGUCAAAGAGGAUGCCGAAUCAUUGGCGAACAUCGGAACCAUAAUCAAUCUUAUGGCUAUCGAUUCGUUCAAGGUUAGCGAAGUCGGCGCAUACCUGCACUUCUUGUGGGCCAGUGUGCCAGUGCAGAUCGUCAUUGCUGUUACGCUCCUGUACAGACUCCUAGGCUUUAGUUCCUUUGCGGGUAUCAUCAUCAUGGUCCUUAUGCUCCCUAUCAACCUGAUCAUUGCCAAGAAAUUCUCGAAGUUGCAGAAUCAGAUCUUAAAAGGAACUGACGCUCGCAUCCAUUCAACGAACGAAAUCUUGCAGAACAUUCGCAUCAUCAAGUAUUUUGCUUGGGAGGAACGCUUCCAAGACAUCGUAAAUGAAAAACGCCGCGCAGAACUUCGGGCAUUACGCUUGCGCUACAUUCUCUGGUCUACUGCUGCGACAGUUUGGUACGGAACGCCUAUUCUGAUUACCUUUGCUUCGUUUUUCCUUUACACUGUUGUCGAGAAGAAGCGGUUGACCCCGUCCAUUGCUUUCCCGGCACUUUCGAUGUUCUCAUUGCUGCGUAUUCCUCUAGACCAGCUGGCGGACAUGGUGGCUCACGUCCAAGAGUCCAAAGUCUCAUUGGACCGUGUUGACAAAUACCUCAACGAGGAUGAGACCGAAAAAUACAUUCAGCUUGCGGACGAGGAUACGUCGGAGCCUAGAAUCGCGCUGGAACACGCCACUUUGUCCUGGGGAACAGGACCGACGAACGAGAACGGUGACAAGGACGAAACCUUCCGUUUGAUCAACGUUGACGUAGAGUUUCUCAUUGGCAAACUGAACAUUAUCGCUGGGCAGACUGGCUCCGGAAAGACGUCCCUCUUGAUGGCAUUACUUGGUGAAAUGAAACUCCUGGAAGGACGUGUCCAUCUACCUGGCGGCACUGCUAACCGUGCCGAGCUCCCUGUUGAUACACGUACUGGUCUCAUCGAGAGCGUCGCUUACUGCGCUCAGGAGGCGUGGCUCGUCAACGACACCAUUAAGGAAAACAUUAUUUUCGCUUCUCCGUUCGAUGAACGCCGCUACAACGCCGUGAUCAAGGCCUGCGCCUUGGAGCGUGACCUGGAAAUUCUCGACGCUGGUGAUGAAACGCUUGUUGGCGAGAAAGGGAUUGGUUUGUCUGGUGGCCAAAAGCAGAGGAUAUCUCUUGCUCGCGCCAUCUACAGCAGAGCCCGGCAUCUCCUUCUGGAUGACUGUCUCAGCGCUGUUGACUCACAUACCGCAAAGCACAUCUUCCGAGAAGCGCUGAGCGGUCCUUUGAUGCUCAACCGGACGUGUAUUCUUGUUACGCACAAUAUCGCACUGACAGCGCCUUACGCCGACUUCAUCGUUGCUCUGGAUAAUGGUAAGGUCAGUUUCCAAGGUAGGCCGGACGAAGCAGGUGCUUCUAAAGCUCUAGGCGAGGAACUUGCCAAAUCAAGACCAGGCUCUCGGUCAAGCUCUAGUCCCCCUCGAUCCCGUCGCCCUUCGAAUUCGGCCAACGAUGAUAACGAGUCGCACGCGAACGGCAUCCCUAACGGAACCGCUAAUGGUACCGCCAAUGGUGCAGUUAAUGGAACUCCCGGUAAAACACUCCAGAAGACAGCUACCUCAAAGAAACACGCAGAGACGAAGGCAGUCGGUAGCAUAAAAUGGCCUAUCAUUAAGAUGUAUCUUUUCUCAAUGGGCCCCUGGUACUAUUGGAUUGUCGCUGUCCUCGUCUUCACUCUCCAGCAACUGGGUUCUGUGUCGACCAACAUCUGGAUCCGACAGUGGGCAAACUCGUAUAGCGCUGACAAUGUCGACAUCAAUAGUGAAGGUACUUAUGCUGCUAUGGCUCAUUUCAAGUUCCCGUCUUUCAACGUCCUCAGUGUCCCACGAACAUCCGGCGUGGCGCCUCAGAUUGGAACGCAGACAGUGGAUUCGGACAACAACGUGAAUGUUACAUACUACCUCGGUAUCUACGCACUGCUGGGUGUCCUUUACAUUGCUAUCUCGGCUACCAGAGAAGGUGUUCUGUUCUGGGGUUCACUGCACGCAUCGAACAGCAUCCACAAGCGCCUUCUUAAGACGGUUAUGCACGCCAAAUUCAAGUUCUUCGAUUCAACACCCCUUGGCCAGCUUAUGAACCGGUUUUCCAAGGAUGUCGAAGCGAUUGACCAGGAAGUUGCUCCUGUCGCGAUUGGUAUGCUUCAUAGUCUAGCUUCCGUCGUCAUGAUUGUGAUCCUGAUCUCGAUCAUCACUCCUGGAUUCUUGAUUGCGGCUGUGUUCAUCACCAUGGUCUAUUUUGCCCUGGGAGCUAUCUACCUGAACGCCUCUCGAGACAUGAAGCGGUUGGAAUCGGUUCAGCGGAGCCCUCUAUAUCAGCAAUUUGGGGAGACACUCAAUGGCAUUGUAACCAUUCGCGCCUACGGAGAUGGACCCAGAUUCCUGGUGGACAACCACCGCCGUAUCAACAACUAUAACCGACCUCACAUCUACCUUUGGGCUGCCAACAGAUGGCUUGCGUUCCGUGUUGAUAUCACUGGGGCUUUGGUGUCUUUCUUGACGGCGACAUUUAUUCUGUCGAAUAUUGGGAGAAUUGAUGCGGGUGCUGCGGGUCUUUCACUAACCUACGCCGUGACCUUCACUGAAAACGUUCUGUGGCUGGUGCGUCUCUACUCGGAGGUGCAGCAGAGCAUGAACUCGGUAGAGCGUGUUAAGGAGUAUCUCGAGGUGGAGCAGGAGGCUCCUCCUGUCAUUGCUGACUCACGGCCGCCUCCCAACUGGCCCAGCAAAGGUUCGGUCCAGUUCAGCAACUAUUCCACUCGAUACCGGCUUGACCUUGAUCCGGUAUUGCGCGAUGUUUCAUUCACUGUGCAGUCUGGAGAGAAGGUUGGCAUAGUUGGUCGUACCGGUGCCGGAAAGAGCUCGCUAGCUCUCGCCCUUUUCCGCGGUCUGGAAGCAGAGACUGGUCGAAUCACUAUCGAUGGCGUGGACAUUGGAACUAUCGGUUUGAAGGACUUGCGAGAAGCAAUCACCAUUGUUCCUCAGGAUCCGACACUCUUUACCGGAACCAUCCGGAGCAACCUGGACCCCUUUGGUCACUUUACCGACGAGCAGAUCUUCACCGCAAUCCGUCGCGUGCAUCUGAUCGGCUCGGGAACGUCUGGCACAGCGACACCAGUUACUGCCAGUACUCUGACGGUCACUGAGCAAGGAUCGGCCUCUCCGUCCGAAGGCAACGCCAUUUCCAGCACUGUUCUCGACAACAAGAAUAUCUUCCACAAUCUCGAAAGCCCGGUAUCUGAGUCAGGUUCCAACUUAUCCCAAGGCCAACGACAACUACUGUGCCUCGCGCGAGCCCUGCUCAAGAACCCCAAGGUUCUCAUGAUGGAUGAAGCCACCGCGUCCAUUGACUACACAACCGAUGCCAAGAUCCAAGAGACUCUUCGUGAGCUUCGUGACAACACGAUCAUCACCAUCGCGCAUCGCCUGCAAACAAUCAUUGAUUACGACAAGGUCCUAGUCUUGGACCACGGCCGGGUUGUUGAAUUUGACCACCCCUGGACGCUAGUCAACAAGGAAGGCGGGAUUUUCCGAAGCAUGUGCGAGAACAGCGGCAACCUGGAGACUCUCCUGGAGCUGGCGAAGAAGGCGUGGGAGCAGAAGCGUCUAGUUGACGACUCUUAG